AUGAAGAUAUUUAAUGCCAACAGAGCUGCAGAGAUUGUCUGGGCAAUGAUUGCAAACUAUAUGCCGCCCCAAACGCCUAACAUGCGCAGGUGGCAUUACCCAGCCAGUACUAAACAUAGACACACUUCGCAGGACAUCACCAGGUUCACCCAUCCUUCCAGCAGCAACCAAAGAGAUACAAGUCACACCAAGCAACCACUCAAGCCAGCAAGAGGCCACACUCAUCACCAAGCCAGCAAGAGGCCACACUCAUCACCAAGCCAGCAAGAGGCCACACUCAUCACCAAGCCACCCCUCAAGCCAGCAUCCUGCCCAGGCAUGAAGGUUAUCGUAUUGGUGGUGGGGGUAGUUGUAUGGUUGGUGCUGGGAUCAACAGGAUCUCAUCCCAGCAGCUACCCGAACAGCGAGCUCGAGUUAGAGCCCAGGCGGCGGCUCUGUGGGUGGAGGUUGGCUAACAAGCUGAACAGUGUGUGCAAGGGCGUCUACAACAAACCCCAAUAUGCAGACAACCUUCUAUACUACAGAGGCAGGCGAGUUGGCGGGAAGACUGGGUUGCAGCAGCAGCCUGAGGCGUUGAAGGAAUUGUUUUCUGACGAUGUAAUUGUGAUGGCGUCGCGGGGUCACUCAACGUCAACACCACCUGUCCUUCCCAUUGUCUCCACGGACACUGCUGAACAAGACAACAGGGAACUCGAGGAUCUCCUCAACAUGCAACUUUCCCAGGAUCCUUCUCAGUCUGCAUCUCGCGAGAACGAAGACUCUAAGACCCACCUUCCAUUCCUUACAAAGAUGGAAGCCUUGCAGAUGGUGAGGAAUCGGCCACGCCCCAAGAGAGGUCUUUCGGCGGAGUGUUGUCAGAAAGUGUGUACCGUUUCAGAGCUAGUCGGAUACUGCUACUGAUUACACUGGUCAACAAUUUUUGAAAAGUUGUAUGCUUCUUAAAUGAGAUUAGUUAAUUCUUACGUAUUUUCAUGUCUGGAAUCCAUGCUUAUUGGCUAUAGGUUUAAAGAUAUGAGACACAUAAUAUUUGAUUAUUUUAUUACAACGUACGAUAUGUCAUUAUGUUUUAAACUCUAAUCCGUACCUACUCUCUGCCUUUUUGCUUGACGCUUAUAGUGGACUGAAGAAUCAUCUCUUGCCAAUGUCCAGCAAUAGUCUGCAAGCAUUAUUGUGACCCAUUUGCCCUGGUACCAUUUUUCCAUGGUUGAAAUAUCUUGGUGAAACCUUUCUCCAUAUUCGUCACUAACUGCCCCAUCAAGACUUAAAAGAACAUGGGAUGUAACAUGUCACUUAAA